AUGAUACACUCUUCUUUUCUCUUAUUCUCUUCACCCUUCUUCUUCUUCUUCUUCUUUUCUUUCUACAUUUAUGAUACACUCUUCUUUUCUCUUAUUCUCUUCACCUUCUUCUUCUUCUUCUUGUUUUCUUUCUACAUUUAUGAUACCUCUUCUUUUCUCUUAUUCUCUUCACCUUCUUCUUCUUCUUCUUCUUCUUUUCUUUUUCACAUUUAUGAUACCUCUUCUUUUCUCUUAUUCUCUUCACCUUCUUCUUCUUCUUCUUUUCACAUUUAUGAUACUCUUCUUCUCUUAUUCUCUUCUUUUUUCUUCUUCUUCUUCUUUUUUUUUCUCAUUUACCCUUCUUCUUCUCUUCUUUUCUCUUAUUCUCUUCUUUUUCUCCCUUCUUCUUCUUCUUCUUUUUUCUUUUCCAUUUAUGAUACACUCUUCUUUUCUCUUAUUCUCUUCACCCUUCUUCUUCUUCUUCUUUCUUUCAUUUAUGAUACCUCUUCUUUUCUCUUAUUCUCUUCACCCUUCUUCUUCUUCUUCUUUUCUUUUCACAUUUUAUGA